AAGAUUUUUAUAAAUAUAAAAAUCUUAAAUAAGAGUCGUUUAAUUCCUUGAGUGGUCUUAGGUGAUCUUAAGAUUUCCAACCAAUGGAAUGAUUUUGUAGCAUCUUCGGUAUAACAUGACGACUUUACAUAUAACAUCGGACUGUGAAUACCACCUUAUGAUCUAAUCUAACGUAUUUACGUCAGCGGCAGCCCAGCAAUUCAACAACAAUACAGGUUUUAUAUUCUAACGUUUUUCUAACACUUACGUAGCAACGACACUUGGGUCAUAAAUAUGAUGCGGAGCGUCGUAGGAAAAUUGCAUUAUUCGAGUGUUGGUGCUACACGCGCACGUGCUACUACUGCUACUGUUAGAUGCUUAUCGACGUCGGGAUCUGUCACAGCAUCUAAAGAAGCAGCUACUACUCAAACAAUCAUGGAUGAGGUUCUCAUAAAAGAUGUUGGCGAUAACGGCGUGAUAGUUUUAAAUCGACCUAAGGCAUUGAACGCCAUAAAUUUCUCCAUGGUCCAGAAAAUACAUUCUGCUCUCAAACAAUGGGAAUCCUCCAAGAAGCUGGUAAUAAUAGAAGGUGCUGGUGAGAAAGCGUUUUGUGCUGGCGGUGACGUUAAAUCGCUCGUCUUGGCAUUGAAUGAACCGAAAGGUGAACGUCUGGGCGAGGAGUUUUUCAGAACGGAGUAUACCUUAAAUCAUUUGAUUGGAACAUACAAGGCGCCUUACGUCGCCAUUAUCAAUGGGAUAACAAUGGGAGGCGGUGUCGGAUUAUCUGUCCAUGGCAAAUACAGAAUCGCCACGGAGAAAACUCUCUUUGCUAUGCCGGAAACGGCGAUAGGAUUGUUUCCCGAUGUCGGCGCGACUUAUUUUUUGUCUAGAUUGAAGGGAAGACUCGGUAUCUACCUGGGUCUGACAGGACAUAGAUUAAAAGGUGUCGACGUGCUCCUUGCCGGAAUCGCCACGCAUUUUGUACCAUCGGAGAAAAUUGCGGAUUUAAAACGUGAUUUGUUAACGUUGCGUGAAAUCGACACACAAAAAAUCGAGCCUAUUUUAAACAAAUAUCAACCAAAAUUAAAUCACGAAUUCAGCUUGGCGCCUCAUAUGUCGAAGAUAGAAACGUGUUUCUCUGCUCCAUCUAUUGAAGAGAUAAUCGAAAGAUUAAAAAAAGAUAAUUCGGAUUGGGCACAAAAGAACGUAGAAGUGCUACUCAAAAUGUCUCCGUCUUCUCUCAAAGUUACUAAGAAAGCGAUCGACGAAGGGAAAGGAAAAUCUUUAGCGGAUUGUUUGAAGAUCGAAUAUAGAUUGGCCUGUACCGCUCUGACAAGAGAUGGUGAUUUUUACGAAGGUGUCAGAGCUCUCUUAAUCGACAAAGAUCAGAAACCAGUAUGGAAGCCGAUAUCCUUGGCUGAUGUAACGGAUGAAUAUGUAAAUAAACGAUUCGCGGCACUUCCUGCGGACAAAGAAUUGCAGUUGUGCACCAGCAAACUAUAGGAAUUAAGACAAGUUUUUAUACAUACUGUGAACAUAUUGUUAUGAAAACAGUUCCUAAAGACUUUAUUUUUGUACCCUAAUUUUGUACAGAUUGAGAUUUAUAUUAAAAUUGUUGAUAUCGUUAA